CAUGUCGCGCCCCUGGCGCACGCCGCAGCCCGGCGCCGCCGCCUGGGACGCCGCCGCCGCCGCCCGCUCGCUCUCCACCUCGCAUCUCUCGACGCGCACCAAUGCCUCGUCGGUGGCGUCGUCGAGCAGCGCCUCGCGCCUCUCGCUGCCCGCGGCGUUCGGCACGCUCGACGGCGCCGACGUGCGCUUCUUCGACGUCGUCGUCGCCGCCACGCCGCGCGGCGCCGGCGACUUUGCCAGCCUGAAGCGCGCCUACAACGGCGUGCGUGCGCUGCCGCUGCCGGCGGCGUGCGACGAGGCGCAGGACGCACGCCUCUGGGACCUCACGCUCAGCCUGCUGCAGGUGCGCGGCGCCGACUGGACAGACCGCUGGGAGCGCGUGCGCGAGGCGCUCGGCCUCGAGCCGCGCACCGAGGAGGAGAGCGGGCUCGGCGAGAGCACGACGGGCGGCGAGACGAGCGCCACGUCGGGCAGCAGCUCCAGCAGCGACGAGGCCAGCGACGAGGCGUGGCGGCAGCCGCCGCGCCAGACGAUGCGGGUGCCUGUGAGGGACGUGCCGGUGCUCUCGCGUCCGCAGGGCCCACGGCCCGUCUCGUGGCAGGGCCCGACGGCCGCCACGGCCACCGUCUCGCCCACGCCGCGGCUGCGCGCCCGCUUCGCCGACAUUCCCGCCUCGCUCGGCUCCACCUCGUCCUCGUCCGACACGGCGUCGACGCGCACCGUCUCGCCCGUGCCGAGCCCGACGCCGCCGCCGUACACUGCCGCCCGCGCGCCCGUCUCGCGCGACGAGAAGCUGUCGGGCGCACUGGCCACCCUCACCGUCGAGGAUGCCGACGGCGGCCGGCCUGCCGCGCCGUCGCAGCGGCGCUUCGAUGCGCUCAUCUCGCGCUCGCGGUCUGAGCGUGCCACGCUUGCAGCACAAGAGGCGGCGCGGCGAGCCGCAGCGGAAGAAGAAGCGUUGCGCCCGCUGGUACGCCUGGCCGAGUCUACAGACCGCCGCCUUUCGCUGGGUCGCGCGCUGCGCUGGUGGCUCGACCGGACGCGCGCAAAGCGCAGCACACUGGCGCGCAUCGACCAGGCGCACGCCCAGGUCGUGCGCGCAAAGGCGUGGGAGGCAUGGACCGCCAAGCUGGCGAGGGUGCAGCAGCGGCAGACGCUGUCCGAGCACGUCGACGAAGUCCGGUGCCGGCUCAGCGCCUGGCGCGUCUGGCGCCGCCGCGUGUCGGACAGGACGGAGCACAAGCGGGCCGAGCGGGCACGCGCGCUGCGGCAGAGCUGGGAGCUCGUCAGGCAGAGACGGGAGCGGCGUCUGCGAGAGGCGCACUGGCAGGCAUGGCGUUCGGCUUUCCAGCUUCGCCUGGCGGAUCGCUUCCGCGAGGCGCAUCUUCUCGAGGGCGCCCUCGGGGUCUGGCAGCUCAGUCUGGCGCGACGCCGCAAGCUUGCGGACGCAGAGGAACAGUUCGUCGCUGGGCGGCGCUUCUCGCUCGCCUCGUUGGCAUUCUCACGCUGGCUCCAGUCGAGCCGACUGAGCAUUGCGGAGCGCGAGCACCGCGCGGGCGCCGACAUGCGGGUGCUGCAAGGCGCUUGGGCGACGUGGCGUCGUGGCAGCUCUCUCGGCCAGCUGGCGCGCGCCAUGGCCUCGCACCGGAUCAAGCGCGCGGGCCUGCAGUCGUGGAUGGAGGCACUCGCCGCACGCACGACACAGCGGCGCAAGGAAGCGCUGGCGGACCGAUGGCGAGCGCGGAGAGACAAGCGCACAUUUCUCUCUGCAUGGCGCAGCAAAACGAGGGAUGUCCGGCAGAUGGAGGGCCAAGCAGGCAUCCUGCUCGUGCAGCGAGACACCCGGCUCCUGGCGCACAGCGUCAAGGUCUGGAUGCUGGCAGAACGAGGCGCGCUUCUGAACCGCGUCUCGACGGGCAACUGCUUGCGCUCGGCCUUCGAGACGUGGCGACGCCGCUACUCAGUGCUCGUCGUGUCGCUGCAGCAGCGCGAGGCGCAGCUCACGGCCUCGCUCGAUGCCAGCGUCCUCGCCCGCGUGUUCGGCCAGUGGUCGCGCCUGGCGGACCUACACCGCGCCACGCUCGAGCUGGCGGCGCGCCGAGACGCCCGCCUGGUGCUGGCUCGGACGUGGUCGGCCUGGUCGCAGCGCUUCGGCGCUGUCAGAGUGCGGGAAGAGCGCGCCGCCAUCGUGGGCGAGUACAUCUGCAUUCGCGGAGCCUUCCGAGCCUGGACGGCCCAGAUGCGCGAGCGGCGGCUGGCGGGCGUGCUAGAACGCAGCGAUCGUCGGACCACAUCCAAGGCCCUUUCCACCUGGCACGCGCGCACGGCGGAGCGCGGCCGAGAGCGUGUGGCGGUGGCGUCCAUGCGCGCACGAGCUCAGGAGCGCACGAUGCGGGAGGCCCUUGAGCGCUGGACGCGCCGCGUCGUCGAUGUGCGGCUCGCCUUCUUGUCUGCCGCCGAGCGAAGCGACGGACAGCUGCUGCAGCGCGCCUGGACGGUGUGGACGGCGGCGCUGGCGCGGCAAGGCGAUCUCGAGAAGCUGGGUCUGAGCUUCAUCGACGUGAAGCGAGAGGACAACACGCGGCGCAUCUUCAGCCGCUGGCUCGGCGCCAUGCGCACGUCUCGCACGCGGCGAGAGAACGCAGCGGUGUUCAUCGAGCAGAAGCAGCGGCGCAUGCUCGAGCAGGCUUGGACGGCUUGGUCGGAUCGCCACGCCGAGGCGUGUCUUCGCCCGCUGGAGUAUCGCGUAAUGCUGAAUCGGCAAGACUCCGUCGUCCGGCGGAUGCUGCAACGCUGGCAGCAGGGCACGCGCGUGCUGCCAGCGCUGCGCUUCGACCACACUCGCCUCAUCCGGGCGGCGUGGAGCCAGUGGCGCGAGCGCGCUCCGGCAGCUGCGGCCUCGCGGCGCGCUGUCGACAUGGACCGCAAGGGCAUGCUUGGCAAGGCCAUGCGCCACUGGAUAAAGGCCGCCAAGGCGAAGCGCUCCAUGCGCGCGGCUGCGCGAUUCGGCGGUCCCUCGAUGGCGCGGCUGCGGGCCGCAGCGCACAGUCGCAGUGCAAAUCCCUUUGCCCAGGCGCCGCUGCCCGCCAUCCCGGCUGCGCUCAGCAGCAGCAAUCUCUCUCUGCUCACGGACCGCCCGGCGAGACCGCCCGCGGAGGCUCCCCCAACGUUGGCGCGCCUUACCCAGGCGAGGCCAGAGGAGUGCAAGCCGCCGACGUCGACUGCGCCCAGAGCAGAGACGCGCCGCCCGCCGUCACGACCCGCAACAGAAGCGCCGGUCAGGAGCGCAAGCGCCGUGCCCAUGGGCGAUGCAAAUGCGCUGCGCCGCUGGGCGUACGGCGUGUCGUCGGCAGCUGGCGAGCAGCCGCAUGCUGCUGCCGCUCGCAGCGAGCUGCGCACGCUGCCCUCGGCGCGUCGGCCACGCCUCGAGGCACUGCCUCGCUCGGGCUCUGCGCCCUCCUCUGUCCAUUCGCACGCCGCCGGAGACGACCGCAGCGCCGCGCGCCGCUCGCCCUCGCCCGUCCCGUCGCGCGCUGCCCGCUCUGAGGCGACGCUGCGGCCCUCUGCGCGCCGCGAGGCCUCGGAGCGGCCGGCUGCGCGCGAUGUCGCUCGGCCCGCCGCGCGCGACGAAGAGGCGCUGGCCGCGCUGCGGGCCCGGCGAAGAGAGCGGGCGCGCGAGUAG